GUCUCUCUCUCUCCGCCUCUUGAAACCCUAGCCAACGGAUGUUGCUUUUCACAAACCCUAGCUCGUUUCUCCGACUCCCGUACAAGCCCUCGCCUCGAUCUCUCGGCUGCCGUGCUGCAGACCUCCCUGUGGGCCCCACCUCCCCCUCCCCCUCCCCCCGCUGGUUUCAAUCCGCGUCGUCCAUCGAGGCUCCCAGCGGCGGCAUCCGUCUCACGCAAGACUCAGACGGGAGCCCCGACGGCUCCAGGCGGGCCGCGGUCGUCCAACCCCCCAAAGCCAAGGAGAAGAGAUGGUCACGUGACAGAGAGAGCUACCUCGCCGACGACGCCGAUGCAUUGCCCCUCCCCAUGACGUACCCAGACUCCAAACCGGUCUCGCCGGAGGAGAUUGACCGACGGUUACAAUGCGAUCCCGUAGUAGAGGAUUGUAAGGAAGUGGUGUACGAGUGGACGGGGAAAUGUAGAAGUUGUCAAGGGUCAGGAUUUGUCAGCUAUUACAAUAAAAGGGGUCGCGAGACUAUCUGCAAAUGCAUCCCCUGUCUUGGAUUAGCUGUUUUUAUCUGUGCAGGAUAUGUUCAGAAAAUAACAGCACGGAAGGAUAUUGAAGUGAUGGAGGAUCUAGACAACGGAAAACCACUCUGACCCAUCAUGCUGGUGAUGAGCAAGUCACUUUUUAUUACAUUUGCUAUGUCUUCCCCAGAUUUUGUGAUUGGAUAGUCCUGAAAAGAAGAGAAGGAAAACUGAGAAUAAAAGAAAGAGAUGCUGAGGUAAGCUUGCUCCAGGAGAGAGAGAAAUGGUGAUUUGGCUCCCGUGCUGAAGUGGGGCACGUGUUUAUGAGAUGAGCCAUUCAUCAGGUGUGUCACCAUGAACAGCCCUGGUGGUCCACUCAUUGGGUAGGCCACAUUUAAAAUUCUUUUGAUGGAUAAUCAGCUAUUUUAUUAAAAAGGAAACAGAGAUAAAACCUGAUAUACAAGCAGAGACACAAGACUCAUUUGCAAGGGUGUCAGCCACUGAAUUCACAUUUCAGUGCAUUUUGACAAAUCUCAUUAUUGGCAACUUCUUGGGAGAUUUUCAAAUA